UCCCGUAUCCCCACGGUCCACGUGGAACAACCACGAAUCGCAACUGCUGUCAGAGCACAAUCGAAACAUAAAUACUUUGCUUGUCUUAACGUUAAAAAGUUGAUUUAAUUACAACGAAAGACGCGAAUCAUUACAAAAUACCGCGUUUAUGUUUGUUGAACAAGCAUACCGUGUGUCCUCAGCAAUGUCUACAAUGGAAAUUCAGUCGAGCAGACGAUAAAAUUACAAACUCCGAUCAAGAACACACCAGAAAUGUCACGAUCGAGAUUUCAGCUAAUAUUCCAAAGGAGGACAAAUAGCAGCAUAUUCUCGGAUAAAAUUGUGUAAUUAAUUGGUGUAUCCACACCAGAAAAAGAAUCAUCAUGUAUUUUCUACGGACAACAUUUAUCCUCAGUUCCUUAUUGAUGAUCGAAGCAUCAAAAAAAUAUCAAAAAAAAGAUUUGAUUGCUCUACGAGAAGAGGUACGUUCGAUGUUCGAUCAUGCAUAUUCGAGUUAUUUGAAGUAUGCUUAUCCUUACGAUGAAUUGAGAUCGUUGAGUUGUGACGGUUUUGACACUUGGGGUAGUUUUUCAUUGACACUGAUCGAUGCUCUCGACACACUUGCAAUAAUGGGAAAUUAUACGGAAUUUCGUCGAGUAGCAGAACUUAUAAGUUCGAGGGUGAACUUCGAAGCUAAUAUAAAUGUUUCGGUUUUUGAGACGAAUAUAAGAGUCGUGGGUGGAUUAUUGAGUGCUCAUCUGUUAUCGAGGAAGGCUGGAAUACGACUGGAGCCAGGAUGGCCGUGUAAUGGUCCAUUGUUGAGGUUAGCAGAGGACAUGGCAAAACGACUGUUAGCUGCUUUCGAUACACCCACAGGAAUGCCUUAUGGAACAGUAAAUUUGAAAUACGGAGUUCCAGAGGGUGAAACAAGUAUCACUUGUACGGCAGGCAUAGGAACUUUUCUUCUAGAAUUUGGUACUCUUUCGAGACUCACCGGCGAUCCACUGUACGAAGAAGUAGCGAUGAACGCCGUAAAAGCUUUGCAUUAUCAUAGAUCCAACAUCGGUCUAGUUGGCAAUCACGUUGACGUUUUAACCGGACGCUGGACUGCUCAAGAUUCAGGAAUCGGAGCUGGGGUCGAUUCUUACUUUGAAUAUCUAGCUAAAGGCACACUACUCCUUCAGGAUCCUCUUCUUGCAGGCAUAUUUCACGAGCACAAAACUGCUAUUGAGAAAUACAUAAGACGAGAAGAUUGGCAUCUCUGGGUUUCCAUGAACGAGGGUCAAGUAACUCUGCCGGUGUUUCAGUCACUGGACGCUUACUGGCCCGGUGUAUUGAGUCUCUUUGGCGAGAUCGACGACGCUAUGAAGUUUUUACAUAAUUAUCAUCGUGUGUGGAAACAAUUUGGCUUUACACCAGAAUUCUACAACAUUGCUCAAUCCGAAGCAGGCACCAACAGAGAAGGGUACCCUCUACGCCCUGAACUCAUAGAAUCUGUGAUGUAUCUCUACAGAGCAACUGGCGAUCCCUAUCUUGUACAAGUUGGUGUUGAUGUUCUGAGGAGUCUCCAACACAGCGCCAAAACAACUUGCGGCUAUGCAACAAUAAACGAUGUGAGGGAUCAUCGCAAGGCAGACAGGAUGGAAUCUUUCUUCCUUGCUGAAACCACCAAGUACCUUUAUCUUCUUUUUGAUCCUGAAAAUUUCAUUCACAAUAACGGUCAGCAUGGUGAAGUUAUUGAGACGCAAUGGGGCGAGUGCGUAGUUGAUGCUGGUGGUUAUGUUUUCAAUACCGAAGCUCAUCCGCUAGAUCCCGGUGCUUUGAGUUGUUGUCAACCUGAGAAAAGUUUAUUCCCAGAAAAACGAUCGAGCUUACAAAAAUUCGUCACGGAACUGAAAGAAGAGGAAAAGAGCCAAGACUCGGAUGUCUCUCAGGAGAAUCCUGUACCUCGUGACCCCAUGGACAAAAGUCAGUUCAUCGAAAUGCUUAAAUUAUCUCAGAUCCGCGAAAAUUCUGUCAACGAAGAGAAGGAAGAGAAAAGCGUAAACGUCGACCCAGACCAGGACGUAACUGUUGAAACCAACCCCGAAGAUGACGACACUGCAACCGUGAACGAUACCGUGGAAAACGACGACUUCGUUAUGCGCGUCAUAUCACCACCCAAUGUCGUUUACAAAGCUGACGAUAGUGAAGUUCUCGAAAUUAUUCAAGACGACCAUUCCAGGAGCAAACAAUAUGCCGAAGAUAAUAAUUCACAAAACGAAUCUAAAACUAUCAAAGAUAUUCCUCAUCCAAAGAAAGUUAAAUUCGAGCCUCAAGCUUUGCUCGAAAAAAUUCGACGGAUUAAUCUUUACCCUACGAAUUUAACGAGAAUCGUCGGUCAUCAGUCAUUGGCAUGUCAGUCGCAACCAUUUCUUCAACGUAUGUCGAUAGUCGGAGAGUUCUUUUAAUUAUCUUUAAUUAUCUCCUCAACUUUGUUCUGCUAUCGUUCUACGAUGAUAUGGCUGUGAAAUUGGAUAUCUCCUUCAAUUGUACAAAAAAUAUUUUAAUAAAGGAUAUAAAAUAGUU